CCGGUGCGGUGCCGUCAUCGCGUAUCGCAUCCCGGCCCGCUUCGGCUGCGUCGACACUCGGCAGCCGCUAGUUGUAGUCGACCAGUCGGCUCUCAGCAGUCGCGCUCGCUAUCUGCCGCUCGCAUCCAGCGGCGCUACGUCCGUGAAUAACCGAACCUCUCAAUUUUAAAGUCUCAAAACUUUUCGCUAUGAAGCCUAAAUUAUUUUUUAAGUUCUUACUUCUUUUUAAUUGUUUAAAUUUAGUUCUUUCGAAAAACUGUCCGAGUAAAUGUCAAUGUUUCCGAAAUAAAGUUGCGUGCUUGCAUCAAGACCUGUUGACCGUGCCAAAAGCUCCGGCCGACUCCCACAGCUUGGACUUGCGGUUCAACAAGAUUGAAGACAUCGAGGAUGGCGUGCUGGGGCACUUGCACGGGCUCCGCUCCCUGCUGCUCAACGACAACCGCCUGCAGGAGCUGCGCUCGGGCACGUUCCACGGCCUGCGCCGCCUCAAGUACCUCUACCUCUACAGGAACCGAAUCAGGAGCAUCGAACACGAUGCCUUCCAGGAACUCGUGCAACUCGAACAACUGUAUUUGCACAUUAACGAGAUACAUCAUAUGGACCCUAGAACGUUCACCAACCUGCCUCAUUUGGAGCGAUUGUAUUUGCAUAACAACCACAUUAAGAAAGUGCCGGCUGGGUCUUUCUCGGGCAUGCCUAAGCUGCGAAAGUUACGCUUAGAUAGCAAUGCCCUGAUUUGUGAUUGCUCGAUGUUGUGGCUCGUAAAGAUGAUGGCUACUCACAACGAAAUGUAUAUAGACGCAACUUGCUAUGAACCGUCUAAAGUUACGGGAAUGCCUAUCUCUAUCAUGGGCGAACAUGAUUUCGAUUGCAAACUUCCUGAAAUUCAGAAGGACCCCCAGGACAUCUAUGUCAAUUUUGGAGAAGCUGCUAUGUUUAGCUGUGUAGUAACUGGCGAACCGAAUCCCGAAAUAGUAUGGCUCAGAGAUUCCAACGAAAUACCGAUAGACGGCACUCGGUAUGAAAUAACAAACAACGGUUCUCUAAUGGUGCACGAUAUACGGGAAGCAGAUAGUGGCUUUUUUGAAUGUAUGGCCAAAAAUUCGGUUGGCGAAGUACACUCCAAGCCAGCGAAAAUGACCGUAAAGCCCAAACCGGUCGAAAAUGGUCCCCCUGAGUUAGUUGUGCAGCCUAGCAGACAAUUUGCCAAAAUCGGCCAACAACUCGUUAGCUUUGACUGUGUUGCCAGAGGUCAUCCGAAGCCCCAUAUUGUUUGGCUCUUUAACGGACAAAGGAUCUUGUUAAAUGAACGUAUAUUAAUACGAUACAACGGUUCGCUUUUUAUUCAAAAUAUUCAAGAUACUGAUGCGGGCUUGUAUACCUGUAUAGCUGAAAAUGUUAACGGAAAACUGAACGCCACUGCGCCCCUGGAAGUGAUGGUCGCACCCAUGUUCAUCAUCGAGCCGCGUAACGAAACGGUCAGAGUUGGGGACAAAGUUGAGUUUACAUGCAAGGCUAAAGGCGUACCAAAACCACAAAUCAAUUGGUUUAGGAAUACACUCGUGUUACCGGUAACUGAUAAUGUCGUUUUGAGCGAUGAAAAUCAAAACUUGACGCUUUUAUCAGCAACGACUGACGACGACGGCAUAUAUCAUUGCAGAGCUGAAAAUGCGGAAGGCUAUGUAGAAGGAUCAGCGUAUUUAAAAGUUGAAACUUUUGAAAUUAUUAGACCACGUAUCGUGCUAAAACCCGAGGAUACAGAUGCUUUCAGAGAAUCGACGGUUCAAUUACCGUGUGAAGUCGAAAGUGAUCCACCAGCCACAGUAGAAUGGAGGAAAGAUGGCUCCUACUUAAGUAUUGAUGAAAAACAUUCAAUAACCGUCAUUGGUAGUUUGAUUGUUAAUAACUUGACCUUGAGGGACACUGGUAGGUAUGAAUGCUCUGUUUAUAAUGAUUUUGGACGAGAUACUGCAUCUGCUUUCUUAACUGUUAAAGAUCGAGUUAUUCCUGGUGACGAAUAUGUCAAUAUAGCUUUGACUGAAGCGACUAGAGAUAUCGAUCUUGCUAUAGAAAGGACGAUGAAUGAUCUAUUCAAUAAUUCUCAAUCUGUAAAAUCUGACAUACACCGGUUGUACAGGAUCACUAGUUUUCCGAAUGCUCCAGCUAGAGAGGUAGCUCGCGCUGCAGAAAUUUACGAAAGGACUCUAGAUAAGGUCAGAGAUUUUAUUCACACAGGCCAUAAGGUGACAUCAGCGGAACCUUUUAACUAUCAACAUUUUCUAACCAAUCAGCACCUCGAGGUAAUUGCUCGUUUAUCUGGUUGCGUUGCCCAUAGAGAUAAGGAUAAUUGCUCCGAUAUGUGUUUCCACAGUAAAUAUAGAUCUUACGAUGGCAGCUGCAAUAAUUUCGCAAAUCCUACGUGGGGAUCAUCACUCAGUGGAUUUCGGAGAAUACUUUUCCCUAUUUAUGAAAACGGUUUUAGCCAGCCUGUGGGAUGGAACAAAGAUAUCAAAUAUAACGGGUUUACCUUGCCAAGUGCCCGUUUAGUGUCUACCGCCAUUAUUACCACCAAGGAAAUAUCUGAGGACCUUAAGAUAACGCAUAUGGUUAUGCAAUGGGGUCAGUGGCUUGAUCACGAUUUAGACCAUGCCUUGCCAUCAGUAAGCUCCCAAACUUGGGACGGAGUUGACUGUAAGAAAACUUGUGCGUAUGCGGCUCCUUGUUUUCCCAUUGAUGUUCCCAACAAUGAUCCUCGCAUUUCCAACCGCCGCUGCAUUGACUUUAUUAGAACGAGUGCAGUUUGUGGGUCUGGCAUGACUUCAGUUCUGUUUGGAACCCUCCAGCCAAGAGAACAAAUCAAUCAAUUGACCUCUUUCAUCGAUGCCUCGCAAGUGUAUGGAUUUGAAAAAGCCGUUGCGGAAGAUUUGCGAGAUUUGACAAAUGAAAAUGGAUUGUUGCGUGUAGGAGUUACUUUUCCAGGCCGAAAACCACUAUUGCCUACUAUUGGUAUUAAUGGAAUGGACUGCAGACGUAAUUUGGAGGAAAGUAACCGUAAUUGCUUCGUUGCUGGAGAUAUCAGGGCCAAUGAACAAGUUGGUUUGGCGGCUAUGCAUACUAUUUUUAUGAGGGAACACAAUCGUAUUGCUAUGCAAUUGAAAGUCCUGAACUCUUUCUGGGAUGGAGACCAAGUUUACCAAGAAGCAAGAAAAAUCGUAGGAGCUCAAAUCCAAUAUAUUACUUAUGAACACUGGCUACCUAUCGUCCUCGGCAGCGAAGGAUAUAAACAAUUGGGCAAAUACAAAGAAUACAACCCUAAUCUAAACCCAUCAAUUUCAAACGUUUUUGCUACUGCAGCACUAAGAUUUGGUCAUUCUAUGAUUAAUCCGAUUUUGCACCGUUACGAUGAGAACUUCGAAACGAUCCCGGAAGGGCAUCUUUUACUGCGUCAUGCUUUCUUCUCACCGUGGCGGCUAGUCGAUGAAGGUGGCGUUGAUCCGUUGCUUAGAGGAAUGUUUACGACUCCGGCUAAACUGAAGACACCCAAACAAAAUUUGAACUCGGAAUUGACUGAAAAACUAUUCUACAAUGCUCAUGCGGUUGCACUUGACUUGGCUGCUAUUAAUAUCCAGCGAAGCCGUGACCAUGCUAUUCCAUUCUACACCAAGUGGCGACAGUUUUGCAAUAUGUCUGAAGUUAAUGAUUUUGAAGACCUGGCUGGUGAAAUAUCCGAUGAAACUGUUCGGCAAAAAUUAAAAGAACUUUACGGAUCAGUGCACAACAUUGACGUUUGGGUCGGUGGUAUUCUAGAAGAUCAGGUAGAGGGUGGAAAGGUUGGGCCGCUGUUCAGAUGCUUGUUAGUUGAACAGUUCAAACGUUUGCGGGACGGGGAUCGGUUCUGGUACGAGAAUCCAUCAGUAUUCAAACCCGAUCAAUUGCGUCAGAUCAAAGAAACGAGUUUGGCUAGAAUUUUGUGCGACAACGGCGAUAACAUCGACACUAUCGGAGAGAAUGUAUUUUUCCUGCCCGAAGUACAGGACGGUCUGGUUUCGUGCGAGGAUUUGCCCUCGAUUGAUUUCCGUUAUUGGGCUGAUUGCGAAAGUUGUGGAGAUAAUGAUGUUGAAGAACGCCCGAAACGUCGAGUCCGCAGGGGCAAUGCUAACGACAAGAAAGCUGAAGAGGAACGUAUCAACGAAUUGGUAAAGUCGCACUACAAUAUCGAGAACACGAUUGCAUCAUUGAAGAAGAGGAUUGAAUUUUUGGAAGAAACCUGCAAGGUGGAAUAAAUCUUAAUAAGACAAUAAUGUCUUGAACAUAUUUUGAUGUCUAUUUAUCAUGUAUACUGUUUCUUCGUAUCCAUUUACACUGUAAGCUUUAAUCCUAUCUAUGUGGUCCAACUAAUUAAGAUUUAAUUUUAUCUUCGACUCAUAAUUAUACAUUUAUUUUGUUUAAUUUAUUCUCUUAGCUACAAUUACGUCUGUUUCCUGACAAAUGGUACUAUGUAAUUUACUACUUUAUCUACCAACUUCUUUUGCUACAUUUAAUUUACUACACCAGCAUGUUCAGUAUAUUUACCAUUAUCUGAUAAUUAAGCAAAGUAUUGAUGUAAUCCAUUGUUAUAGAAAUAGUUGAUGUCUGUAGCUAAGUUGUAAAAUCAACCAUUCCUCUGGUCGGAUACGAUUUAUUAACUUGCAGUCAAAGGUUUAAUCGUUUUUUUGUCACAGCCGCGUUUUUGAUUCUGAAGGCGUGAAGUUCUGGAACUUUACAAAAGUUUUAUUAUGUAAUAAACUAAGGCGAAGGCCUAAAAUAAACUUCGCACCUUUGGAAUGGUGAUUUAACUGCAACGUCAUAUUUAUCAUAGUACAUACAAUUAAAUACAUAUUAUUAAUCCAGUUUCGAUGCCAUAUCUUAAUUAAUUAUAUUAAUCAUAGCAACGUAGAACUGUUAGUGUUAUAAAAACAAAAUACAAAAACAAUGAUAAAAAAAUAAAAACGAAAAAAAAAAAGUUUUUUUCUCGUUUUGUUUGUUUCCAAUUUUCGUUUGCAUUCAUUUUGUUCCGUUUUAAUUUGAGGUUGGUUAUUGUUACAACGUUCUGAUGUUUUUUUCUGGUUAAAUCGUAUAGGGAUAUGGACUAAAAUACCUUUUGUAAGUAACAUUGAAAGGAGAGUAAUUUCAUUUAUGAUAUAUUUUUUUAUUCAUUUCAUGUUGAAUUUUACGUUAAUUUUGAUAUAUUUAUUUAUUUUUACAUAUCAAAUUCUCUAAAAUAAGUCGUAUUUAUCGUCUCUGUAAGUCAAAUAUAUUGAGUGUUAAUGAUAAUGCAUUUGAAAUAGGUAUUCAAUUAUAUCUACCUUAAACAUGUUACACAAUAUUUAGAUUAAGUAAUGGUAACUUGCUUGCUUACUUAUAAAAUACUUGUUAAUAACAACUGUCUAUCAAGAUGAAGACUAUCAAAACCUAGUAGUCUGUAGAUACCCACUCAGUUGAAUGUGCGUAUACAUCUAUCAAAGUAAAAGCCCGAUUAAAAUUUCGACCGAGAAAGUCUGUUGUUUGAGGGGGCUCUAAAAGGUGUGAAAUAAACGAUCUGAUCAUUACACCUAUCAAUCAGAGGACUCGUAAUUCGUAGUAGGUAUUAAGACAGUAUGAACAUCCUUUGCCGUCAAUCUGUGAUCACUUUGGCAUGGAGACCUGCAUAUACCUCUUAAAGGAAGAUUUUGAGGAAUGAGAAAGAGACAACAAGCUGCGCCGUUUCUCUUCUACAGCUGUAAAAGAACUUACAGAACUGCUUGGAGACGUCGUGGUGGGAUCCUAGGAAGGUAAAAUACCAUUCAAAUGACAAAUUCAAGUAACACCCUGGCUUACAAGUACAACAUGUAAGCUGUUUUAAUAUUUUAAUAAGUGAGUGGGCAGGAUACCUUCAAUAGCUGUUGCAAGUUUAAUUAAUGUUACUAAUUUAUUCGAAAUAGCCAUUAUUUACGUAGUGAGUGGCUUUCAGUGUUACAUUUAAAGCAUUUAAUAUUUAAAAUAUUGGUGUUAAUACACUUAGGUACUUAGAUCGUAAGGGUUGGAUGACUGAUUAAAGAUAUGUUAAUAUCCCGGUUUGCAAGGACGGAAAUAUUUUAUCACUUGAAAUUGUAUCUACUCCAUUCACAUCGAGGGCCAGUUAGUCGCGAAAAUUUUAAAAUGACUCGCAGCAAAUAAGAAUAGAACACCACAUAACGUGUUUAUUGUCAGUAGUUUUGCAACGUAUGUCGUUGAGCGUUGCAUUAUCUGAACUGACAUAAGGGACACACAAGACUUUAAAAUAAUUCUUUUUGUUGACUACACUGGCCUUCUGAGCUUAUAUUGCGAGGAGUAAAAGUGAUGGCAGCAGGUCUAAUAUAAAUUCUAGAUUUAUAUUCCUCUAUAAAAUUCGAAUUUGUAAUGGUGCGUUCACACAGCGAUUACUUAUCAUGAUAAUAUUAUUUAACAAAUUCUGACAAAAUUGGAAAAGGGUACGUCUAAAAAUAAACCUACAGGCAAGAUUCUUUGCCAUCUAGGAUCACAGUACAAAAAGCCUUUACCAUUGGUAUCCCGAAUACGACGGGAUUGUGCUCCUAUCUAAGGAGCUCUUAAAUUCACUUUUUGGGUACCAUCAGACCAGCCCAAAGAUGUGUCUACCGAUUGCAUCGAUCACUGAAUUUACUAAGAGGUGGUCAAUUAAAUGUCAAGAAGAGUUUCUAUUUCAGUUUGGUUUGGUAACCAACUGAUUGCUGAAGAUUACAUAUACCCAGAUUACCCAGCUUCUGACUGAGAACAGCACUGAAAAAUGCCGAAUACCUGUUGCAUUGUCACCGAACCUCUAUGUGUAGAGGUAGACGUGGUUGGUCUUUACAAAAAUCGAACGCUAAGUGUUCCUUUAUGAACUUGCCAAAUACUGACCUAACCAAACAACUUACAGAACACACUUUGUCGCUUCUAUAAAUUACAUAGAGCUUAAAACUAACACACAAAAUAUCUACAAAUAAAAACAAUUAGCUACGACCUAACACUGUCCGCACCGCCUCUUCGGAAAAUGGAAAAGCCAAAAUACUAUUUACAUACAAACCCUGCAAACAAAACUAUUUCGCAUAUAGGCUUCACCCCGAACACAUUCCACCAAGAUGUGUUGCACAUCCUCUACUGUGCCACAGUCAGGACAGUUGGACGACAAAACACACACAUACCCACUCACACACAUUACUGUCUGGUAUUCAGUUUCUCGGCAGACUAGUUACCUACAACACGUUACAUGUUUUCAAUGAACGAAAUGAUAGAAUUUGACAUGUUUGAAACCAUUCAACAGCUCCCAGUCAGAGGUUUUUAAAAGCGGACAUCUAUGCUAACGAGUUUGUGCCAGACAGCAAUACAAAUAGGAAAUUAGGUCAGCAACGAAAUAGACGUACUUAGAAAAACAAGUUUGUUGAAAUUUGUUAGAUGUAUUACCUACAUUUUCUGCCUUGUUAAAUAUGUUUUUUAAUUAUUUGUAAGGUUUUUUUAGGUGCUUAUUAUAUUUCUGUUAAACGACAAAACAAUAAGGCUUUAAAAAAGCUUACGAAUCAAAUAAAAAUAUUCACAGAUAAACUGGUACAUAAUUGAACUUGAACUUAAAUGCUUGACGACCUGUUGCGUUAUUAUAAGCGAUGACAGGUGAAAAUAUACUUACACACGAAUGCUUAAUUGCGACGCGAGAAAAAGCGCCGUUGCAAAUGUGGCCAAAACUCCAAAUACGCGAACAAUGGAGCCGAAAGAUCACGAUCGAUGUUUAUCACUUAGAUUUUUUACAUAUUUUCAGUUUUUCUAGCAGUUAAUUGUUCAAAUUGUUCUACAGUAGAUUUACUAACUACACUUUGUCUCCAUUAUAUUCUGGGGGUCUACCACUGUCCCAUCAAUACGCCUAACGGGCGAACAGGUGCCUAAAUGCGAGAAAGGUAGCCUCACCAAUAUUACCGCAUCAAGUAAGGGGCUUGCAAUUGCGAAUGCGCCCUAGAGGUACAUCUCUCAUACACAACUGAAACAAAAUUCUUGAAAAACCGAUGGUAGGCCCCUUGGAUAUGCUGUGUAAUAGAACUGUUGUAAAUAGCUUAAACGUCCCGAUGUUUCAACUACUAUGCGUUUCAAAUAAAAAUAUAGGUCAUCGCAAAUUAAAUAAUUAAACUUACAAAGGUGUAUUUAUUCAACUUACACACGAUAGAAAUAUUAAAUUAACACGAUUCAAAAUUUCACCUCAAAAAUGUCAACUUAUUUAAAACGCAUAGUAAUUCGAUCUUGGUCCAAAUCUUCACCAUCUUUGCAAUAGUUUUAUUCAAGAAGGUUUAGUCUUAAAACUGUGAAAGGUUUUUGUUACAUUGUAAUUUUCAAAAUAGCUCUAUACUGAAUAUGUAUCUAACACUGCCAGGCAAAUGUUUAAGAAUAAAAGUUAUAUUUUUGGUGGGUACAAAGUCACUAUUGCAAUAAGAUCUCAGUUAAGAUACAAAAUAUUAAAUAAUGUACCUUGACACUGAUUAAAAAAAAAUCACUGGUAAUAUUACAUUUAUCAUUAAGAACUAGUCAUUUUAAUAUUCAAAUUAAAAAGUAACAAUUAAAAUAUUACAUCAUACACAUGUCUUGCAAAGUUAAAUGUAUAUCUUUUGUCCUUAAACAGAUCUGGCAACACCAAAAAGUGACUGCUGUGUGGCAACACUAUAACAUUGUAGUAUCAAUUUGUGUGAAAAAAUAAAUGAAAAAAUGUAA